AAAAAACAAAUUUCAAGCCCCUUGUGUCGCUCCGGCGGCAAAAGUGUGCGGGCCGCUUCCCUUUCAACAAACUAAAGUCUCUGUUGCGUACUAUGUUCCAAAUGCUCAGGCCCAGGCUCAAGAAACACGUCUUUCCUCCUCAAAUACCUCUUACUACGCGUAACAAUUCGUCUAGUCCUUCUAUUAAGCAUCUCCAGGAAGCCUUUCGAGAUCCGAAGUCGCCGUAUUAUAUAUCUCCUGGCAGUCAAGGGCCUGCAUCACCGGACGAAGUAGGGGAGGAACAUUCGUUCGAGGAAAAGCUGGAACAAGCGCGUUUGAAGAUGGUUGAAGCUGGAUUCUUUUGGCAGCAGCAGGUAGCUUGGGGAGAUCAUGACGCUUUUCAUCACGUCAACAAUGUUCACUAUGUUCGGUUUUUCGAGUCGAGCCGGAUUCGUUGGAUGACACAUCUCGGUAACCGCCUCGGUGGACCCCAAAGAGCCGACUCCCUUCUCAAAGGCAAAGGAAUCUCACUCAUUCUCAAAUCCAUUCAAGUCAAUUACCGAAGGCCUGUAACCUAUCCCGACACACUCCUCCUUUCCCAUAAACCCUACGUUCCACAACCAACACCGACAACCAACCCAGACGACCCAAGUCACCUUUACCUUACCUCGUCAGCAUUUUCAGUAGCCCAACAAGCGUUUGUAGCGCAUGCUUUUGAGACUAGCGUAUGGUACGACUACGAUAAACUUCGGAAAUGUGAUCCUGGUAGAGAGUACAGGAAUGCGGUAUGGGAGACGUUUGGUGGUCCUCCGAGAGGCUAAGGGAUGGUUAUUCUUACCAGUGUGGUGUUCCGUGUUGAUCCCUCAUAAUGAUCUCAAUCAUGAGGUUACUGAUCAACGUGCCAUCCAUUGCCCAAAUCAUACUUAUAUAGUAUAAUUUGAGAUGAUUUGUUUCUUAGAGUAGAAAUACUUGUCGAGUUGAGAUGCCA